CUGUUUCCUCAGCAUUUCAUGUGGGAGCCCCUCCGGCAAGGUGAUCUUCGUGCCCCAUGUCCUGUGAUGAACACACUGGCAAAUCACGGCUUCGUUCCUCGAAAUGGACGCAACAUCACCCGUGAAUCAUUCGUGAGAGCAUGCGGCGAAGCACUGAAUAUCUUGCCCGCCUUCGCUGACAAUAUUUUCACUACCGGCGUGCCUUCGAACCCUACACCCAACGCCACGUUUUUUGACCUGGAUAUGCUCCAUCGCACCCACGGCUUCAUCGAGCACGACGGUAGCCUAUCGCGCAAGGACAUCUUUUUUGAUCCCUCCAACCGCUUUGACCCCGAGACUUUCGACAAUCUCGUGAGCUAUUUCGGCGACUCUGAGACAAUCAACAUCUCUUCCCUUGCCAAUGCUCGUGCCAGGCAUGCUUACGACAUGAGCCUCAUCAAUCCCGAGUUCGAGAUCACCCAGAAAUCCAUUCCAGUCAUCGUUGGUGAAAACGCCAUGUUGCUCAGCAUUUUCAGCAGCCCUUCUGAACACCCCAACUUGGACAAUCCUAUCGCCAGACGCGAUUGGUUCGAAUUCUUUUUCCGCAACGAGCAGUUUCCAGUUGUGUUGGGAUGGAGGCCCCCUUCAGUUGCUAUUGGGCAAUAUGUGGGCACCGUUGUGGAGGAGAUUAUUGCCCAAAGCCCUUCGGAUGUGCCUUUGACAUUUAGCCCC